CAGGAUCCUGACGUUGGCCAUACUGGCUAUCCCUAUAUGUGCCGUUGGGGGGCGCAAUGUGGAGAAUAUGAAGGUGCUGCGGUUCAUGCUCCUGCAUAUUAAAUAUCUCUACGGGAUAAAGAUCGAGGUCCGAGGCUGGGAGAACUUCGACAUUAAGGAGCCGUAUGUGGUUGUGUCAAAUCACCAGAGUUCCCUGGAUCUGCUGGGAAUGAUGGAGAUCUUGCCAGGUCGCUGUGUGCCCAUCGCCAAACGUGAGCUCAUGUAUGCUGGCACCGCCAGUCUGGCAUGCUGGUUGGCUGGAGUCAUUUUCAUCAACCGUAAAAAGACGGACGAUGCCAUCAGCGUGAUGACGGAAGCGGAGGAGACCAUGCUGAAGGAGGACGUACGUGUGUGGGUAUUCCCAGAGGGCACCAGAAAUCACAAUGGCUCUCUCCUGCCAUUCAAACGAGGAGCCUUUUACCUGGCUGUGCAAGCUCAGGUCCCGGUUAUUCCCAUCAUCAUGUCUUCCUAUAAGGAUUUCUACAGUAAUAAAGACAAAAGGUUUUCAACAGGGAAGUGUGCAGUGCAGAUCCUCCCGGGCGUGUCCACCAAAGGCCUGUGUGCCGACGACGUUCCUGAACUUGCCGACAAAGUCCGAGGGAUGAUGCUUGAGACUUUUACCGAAAUCUCAAAUGAGCGCACAGGAAAAGAACCUGGCGGUGGAUAUUGAUCCCCCUUCUACCAUUUUAUUGUCAUCGUUGGCCAGGGAACACCCCCCAUACAGGAGACGCCAGGAGGAAGGACCCGUCUAGAGGAAGAGGGGAGAGAGCAAAAACCAUUUCAAAACAAAUCCUGCAAUAAUAAAAACAAAAACAUUUGCUGCCUCAAACAGAUGAAUUCGGUCAACGAAGGAGAACACAAGAGGAACUUCACUGCUACCACUAUAGGAAGAGCAGCACGGAGCUGGAUCAUCCCUACUAUUGCCAUCAUGCAAAGAAAGCAUAGGCAAUGCCAUUCCGCAACAAGGCCUGUGCAAAUGUAGGCUCGAAAAACAAAUUCCAUUUUGGUUACAUGUUACAGAACGAUGUAAAAGACAGCGGAUAGAAUGAUAGGUCAACACUUCACAUAGAGGGCACGGAGUCAGGAAUGUCAAUGGGCAAAGUUUAAAGCGGACCUUACAU